UUUAGGAGUUAGGUUAAAGGGUUAAGGUAACCUUUCCCCUAACCUUAACCCUUUUCCUAAAGCACGUUUAACACCUUGAAGUAUGGCGAUUCACAGUAUACCCUUCAGUAGCUUUAACUGCACAUCUAAGAUGCUGCCACCGAUGUUCUCAACAGUAGUAAGAAAAGCACUAGGCUUAUGAUUAAUUUUCACUCUUUUGCACAUAGACCUCUCACCAUUAUAAACUGUGCACCUACAGAUGUUUCAGUACAGACUUGCCAAGAUAAUAGCAAGUGAUUCUAGAACACCAAAUUCCUACAGUAGCCCACUUCUAAGUGUACAGUAGCCUACUCAUUGUCAAAUAACAAAAUACAAUACUUCUAUAUGAGUUAUUUAUACCAGCCAUAUGUGAACUCUAUUUCAUGUGGGUGAGGAGAGCUCACGAGAGGAGAGCUCACGAGAGGAGAGUGUAAUUGCCAUGCUGCUUUGGGGUGUGAAACCAAUGGUGCUGAAUGGUGACAGCAUGGACACGUCUGUUAACACCAGACUCUUUUGAGCACGUCUAAUUUUUGACUGAGGCCCUUCACACUCAUGUGAGAACAUCACUCAUUCAAUAUGAGAUAUGGUUUACCCAUCAUCACCUCCUGCCUGCUGCUAUGGCAGUAAAUAGCUGAAUAUAUAACUAUAACUACAAUUAAAACCAAACUAAAGCCAUUUAGUGCACAGUAACUACAAAACGAGUAUAGCAACAGUUAUAGUAACAAAACAACUACUUGUAAUAGUAAGAAAACGAGAUGACAUUGGAGAACUAAUUGGGUAACUAAUGAACCCUUGAAGCAUGGUCGUCACUCAACGGAAAGAAUAUUCAGAGUUGACCAGAUGUCUCCAUAGGUCCCGUAAUGGUUGAUUUCCACUGGCCACAUUCUACGGGCUGGUUUCCCAGAACCUAGAUUAAACAUAUUGCUACUCUAAAAAGCAUGCCAAUUGGAUAUUCUUCAUUGAAAGUGCUUUCUAGUACAGGACUAGGCUUGGCCUGAAUCAGGAAAACGCACUAUUCUUCAUGCGUAAACCCUUACUAGGCAUCCAGCAGAAGGCACUGCAGUAUAGCAUUGUACUGCACAACACAUUAUAAUCUAUGGCAAUCCAUGGAAUAAUGUCUACCUGCAGACUGCAGUUACUACAAGGAACGCCCAGCAUGAAACGCCUAUUAGCAUUGCCUCACUACAUGCCACGCCCACUGUCAUUGAGGCUGCUUGUAACAGUAGGCCUGCCUGCGGCCAGCGGAUAGACCCUUCUCAAAAAAAUACAAGACUUGUUUCUACGAUAAGCCACUAGAUGGAGUACUGUACAACAUGACAUGCUUGGUCAAUAAAGUAUUGUUUGUCAAAAUCUUCCAAAUCAUACAGGUUAACCCCCCUAAAAAAUGUAUGUCAAAUUGCAAGAAGUAAUUAUGAAUUAGUUGUUAACAAACUAGAAAGAUCAUGACAGUUGUGAACAAAUGGAGCCUAACUGUUGACGCUGGAUAAUCAAAACGUUCGCUGACACAAUAGGACUACGCUAUUUUACCAUUGCACUGGAAUUUCCCAAUCUUAGCAGGAUUAUUCUUGAACUCAGAUUUACAACAUAAUCCUUUAUAACAAAGCUAUACAAAGUUUUCCACAGGAUCCCACUUCCAGUGUUUACCCCAGUAGACAAAGAAAUGUCACCCCUAGUAUGACAAAGGACAGACAUUUUAUUGAAAGUUGUUGUAAAACUUGUGGUCAUAUGAGGGAUUUUUUUGCAUCUUUAAGUAAAUUGCCUUAUCACAACAAAGAAUACAGAGUGAUAGGUAAGGGGCUAGAAAGAGAGAAAAAGGAAGGACCUGGUAAGCCAGGUAUCAGAUCUAAUGGCUGACACUUCCAGCCUCCCUCUGCUCAAACACAUCUCCCAGACGAUGAAAAUAAGUAAGCCACGACUACCACAUUGAGGGGGACUGAGGAGGAUACAGACACACAGAACAGAAGUGGUGGGCUAGGCUAGGUGGAGUGGGGGUAGACAGACAAACAGGCAGACAGACAGAUAUAAUAUGCUAAGAAAGAGAAAAAAGGUUAAGUGUGAGGUCACACAUUGUGGUGGUCUGUGACAAAGCCUCUUUACCGUAGGUGAACUUCAGGUGAGAUACAGGGGAAGGAUGAGUAUACAGUUCUGUAAGUUACCGUCUGCUGCUCACAGAGACACAAUGGGCGGGCGGUGGAACAUUGACUGAGGUCAUUGUCACAUUGUGUCAGUGGUGGACUUACUGGAAUAUAGUUGCCAGCAGCAGAAGGUGACAUCCUAGAAAACCAACCUGAAAGAAGUGCAUGAGAAGUUACUUAUCUUCCUUUUACCUGCCCAACAAAGAAACAGCCAUCCUACUUUCUAUACUGAGACCAGAUGGAACCCAUGUCGCUAUCUCCAAAUGGGAGCAUCGAGGAAAUGGAGGACGGUCACAUAGCCUACCUAGAGUGGGAGCUGGCACCCAAGGGCCUGCGGCGCAAGAGAGAGUUUAUCCCAAAUGAGAAGAAGGACGCCACCUACUGGGAGAAGCGUCGCAAGAACAACGAGGCGGCCAAGCGGUCGCGGGAGAAGAGGAGGGUGAACGAUUAUGUGCUGGAGAGCCGCCUGGUGGCCAUGAGUGAAGAGAACGCCCGGUUGAACACAGAACUGCUGGCCCUCAAACUCCACUUUGGCCUGGUGAGCACUGCGGCCUACGCUGCCCACCAGAACAGCCUGCUACGGCUCCGCCAUGCGAACACCUACAGCCCCCAGUCUCCGCCACCCAGCAUCUCAACCCAGUCCUUGGACAGAGAUGUCUACUGGGGCAGCAGGCCCAGCUACAGAGACCCCUCCACCCUGCCCACUUACCACCACCGACCCUCCGUCCUGACUGGGCAACCUUCCCCUGCCCUAAUCCAUCCACAAGCUCUACCAACCAGAAGGGGAUAUCCAUACAUCUUAGACAUGCCCAGUGUCCUCCACCCUGCAAACUCAUCUUCCCUUCUCCUGCCCCCGCUUCUCCCCCCUGCCCUAUCGUCCUGGCCGGGAGUUCCCCUGCUGAGGCCCACCCCUAAGAGAAGGUGUUCAGAUGAGGAGGGGGAACAGCAGGUCCCAGCAGCCUCCUCCAGUGCUGCAUUACCGCACAAGCUGAGGCUGAAGACCCCCAGAGCUUCUACUGUCCUUAGGGAUGUCAGAGAUAGGGCCUCCCCCCCACUCCCGCUUUAUGUAUCUGACUGACCACACUGCACAGGAGCACAGAGCAGACCAACCACACCGCUGUAACAAUGACACCAAAGUUACAGCAAAGACGUUAUGUACAACUUAAAACAGACAUUUGUUAGAUUUCUUUGUUUGUUUUUGCUUCUCUGCCAUGCUUCUUUAGUGUCCAAGUUAACUGGAUAAAAUCCAUUAUAGCAUACUUUACUGUAAAUCCUGCUUAAUUAGCCGGACUUGGGGAUUAAGUGUUUUAUAGAACUGAGAGACUCCAGUUCACUUACAGUAUGUAUGUAAAACUCAAUAUGGGCAGCCAAUAUAAUAAUAACUUUUUGGAAUGGAUGGAAUUUAUCUUUUCAAAUUAAUAAAUUCCUCUUAUUGUU